AAGGCCAAAACAUUUUAAUUCCCUUCACCUCUUAUCUUCCACAAGUUUACAUUGCAAAGCCAUGGAACAAAGCAAGACAGCCCUACACAUUCCACUCUUUUUACCCCAACUCCUCUCCCUCCACCCAUCACCACCAUCUCCACCACCAGAAGCGCCAUUACCACCACCACCUCCAUGGAGGAACAGUCAAUACCUUCACCACCACCGCCAUCACCAUCUCUGUCACCCUCACUAAAAACCUACAGACUAACAGCUUCUUCGAUCUCAUACACCAAGUUCACCACCAGCAGCAGUGCAGCAAAUUUCAUCUUCAAACCAUGGAAUCCGUCUGCACCUACUUACAUCCUCCGAGACAUCUCCUUCACUGCCAACCCAUCUCAGAUCCUCGCCAUUGUUGGUCCAAGUGGUGCCGGCAAAUCCACUCUCCUCGACAUACUGGCAGCACGCACCUCACCAACACAAGGAUCUCUUCUCCUCAAUUCUGCGCCUGUCGACCCCUCCUCCUUCCGCAAGCUCUCAGCCUAUGUCCCUCAGCACGACGCAUCACUCCCGUUACUCACCGUCUCCGAGACCUUUGCCUUUGCUGCUCGGCUUCUCAUCCCCAACUCCUCCAAAAUUGCCUCCACUGUGGACUCUCUUCUCUCGGAGCUCCGGCUAUCCCACCUUGCACAUACCCGCCUGGCUCAUGGCCUGUCAGGCGGUGAGCGUCGACGGGUCUCUAUCGGUCUCAGCCUCCUCCAUGACCCGGCUGUGCUGCUUCUCGACGAGCCCACUUCAGGACUGGACAGCACGUCAGCCUUCAACGUAAUGCAGACUCUCCGGUCGAUCGCCGCUUCGCGUUGCCGGACUGUAAUCCUCUCCAUACAUCAACCCAGCUUCAAGAUCCUCUCCACCAUUGACACCAUUCUCUUACUAUCAAAAGGGACAGUUGUUCACCAUGGAACACUGUCUUCACUGGAGUCCUUCUUAAUCUCCAAUGGCUUCACGGUCCCUCCGCAGCUCAACGCGCUGGAGUACGCAAUGGAGAUACUAAACCAGCUUCAAGAGAGCAAAGAGGCCACCACAUCACCAGCAAUUCCUGCGCCCCCUCGCGAUUCGUCAGCUUCUCUAGAUAACAAUGACAAAGGAGGGAUCAGAUACAAGAGUUCAAGGCUCCAUGAGAUCUUCACCCUUUCAAACAGGUUUUGGAAAAUCAUCUACAGAACAAAGCAACUGUUAUUGACAAACACAUUAGAAGCUCUGGCUGUGGGUCUUGUCUUAGGCACCAUCUACAUUCAUAUUGGGUUUGGUAAGCCAGGAAUAGAGAAGAGAUUCGGCCUGUUUGCCUUCACUCUGACCUUCCUCCUCUCCUCCACCACCGAGACUCUACCCAUCUUCAUUAACGAGAGGCCAAUUAUAUUAAGAGAGACGUCGAGUGGAGUGUACAGGCUCUCUUCGCAUCUGCUAGCUAACACAGUAGUCUUCUUGCCAUACCUGCUAGCACUGGCGCUGGUCUACUCAGUCUCGGUCUAUUUCUUAGUGGGUCUCUGCGCAACUUGGCAAGCCUUCGCCUACUUUGUCCUGGUUAUAUGGGUUGUGUUUCUCAUGGCAAAUUCGUUCGUUCUCUUCCUGAGCUCGCUCGCUCCGAACUACAUCGCCGGAACGUCGCUCGUAACAGUGAGCUGCGGCGCCUUCUUUCUCUUCUCCGGCUACUUCAUCGCAAAAGACAGCUUGCCCAAGUAUUGGCUCCUGAUGCACUACUUCUCCAUGUACAAAUAUGCCCUUGAUGCUCUCCUGAUCAACGAGUACUCCUGCCUCGUUUCCAAGUGUUUGAUAUGGUACGAAGAGAACAAGACAUGCAUGAUGACCGGCAGUGAUGUAUUGGAGAAGAGAGGGCUCCAUGAAAGCCAGAGAUGGACCAACAUAUACAUCUUAGUUGGAUUCUUUGUGCUGUACCGUGUUCUUUGCCUGGUUGUUCUGAUCAGAAGAGCUUCGAGAUCGAAGAAAUAAAACUAAUGGGCAUUAUUGAUGAAGACCCCACUCCAACGUACUCUGGUGUCGCUUUCUUGAUGGGUCAUGUGAAUGGGUUCUGAGUUUCCAUAGAUAAUUUUCUUCUUUCUUGAAUUCAAUUCAUCAGUGUGCAACAUUAGUUACUAACGACUGAUGUUUUGAUGACAUGUGAAGCGUAUAAACAGACAACAGAAACCGGUUUUCUGAACUAUUUUUUGCCUUUUUCUCCACCCUACGGCCUACCUCUCUCACCUCUGCCGAUGGCAACAGGACUCAAUAUAACGUCAAAGGCAAUCUGAGAGUACAGAAAUGGCGAUAAUAAGUGGCUAGCUAAUUGAUUUUACGGGACCUAGCUAGACUCUAAUCUAGGGUUUUAUUUUAUUUUUUUUAACUGAGGGUAAUGAUUCUCGGGGAUUUCCAACCUGUAAUGAUUCUCUGUGUACAAAUGAGUGCACAAAGGGGGCCCAAAAAGCAGAUUGGCUCUUAAUACUCGUUUGUUUUAGAUGUUUGGGACACACCAUUUGAAGGGUCACUCUCAUGCCAGGGGUUUAUUC